AUGCUUCGAUCUAUGUAUCCUGAAGAGAACGAACUUAAAAUAGACGACCAAGUGCUCAUAGAUAUUCAAGAAUUUUGUUCUAGGAGAACAAAUAAGACACCAAAUGGUCUGAACUUUUUGUUGACCGUAACUGUAGACUGUGAUUCAGAAAGGUAUUUGAUCGAAUUAUCUUGCUAUUUUCCUCAAGAAUACCCUCAUGAAAAACCGGAGAUUUUUGCCAGAUCUCAGACCCUGAACCGAGAAAUACAGAAAGAGCUCAACGAUGACUUGAAUGUGCACAUAUCAACGCUUGAUCGCGGAGAACUUUGCACGUUGCCAACCAUACAAUGGGUCAAAGACAAUGGAGAAUUAUACAUUGCAAAAAAUAAAGAUUUACGAUCAUUUCCUCUCACAGAAAAAAAUGAAGACACGAGCAGGUGUAAGAGUAAAAAGGACACAUCAUUCUUGAGAAUGUGGUUGUACAUGCAUCACAUUUACAGUAAAACAAAGCGAAAGGAUAUCCUCCAAUGGGCUUCAGACUACAAUCUCACUGGUUUUUGCCUGCCAGGGAAACCAGGAGUUGUUUGUUUGGAAGGAGACGAGUACAAUGUUGAAGAAUACUUUAGUCGCUUGCGUCGCCUUAACUGGAAAAAAAUAACCUGUAGACAUAGGAAAAAGGGAACAGCUGACAAGAGUGUUAAUGAACAAAGGAAAUUUACUGGAUUUGAUGAACUUUUUUUUGAAAUUCAUGGUACUAGAGAAAAUCAUAUGGACAUGGGACAGUUCCGACAUUACUUAGAUCAACAUGAUUUAGGUUAUAUAUUUCAGAUUCUGUUUGGUAUUGAAGGUAAAAGUACCUCUGAUGGUUUAUAAUGGUCAGUGUUGUGGAGAAUUGAGCAAAAUUUUACACCUCAGACAAUCUAUGGAAGUAUUGAAAAAUCAAUGAUAGCUAUGAAUAACCCAUCGGUUAAUAGAUAUUUUCCUGUAUCUUGGUGUGAUAGUAAGUUCAUUCACCCAUGCAGUGUUUUAUUGUGUUUUGAAUUAAAAAAUUUAUGAGGGAGUCACUGUAAUUGUUAGAUUUAUCUGUGGAAGGGACAAGGCAUGCAAAUUGCAGCUGAGAACCCUGCUUUGCCACUACUUAGAGGAACCAAUUUUCACAGCUGCUGAAAAUCUCAGCUGAUCAUUACCCCUUAUUAAUUAAAAGAGAUCUUGCCCAAUAUUUGACCUGAAUGAAAAAAUUGCUUCCAAAAAUACAUAUUUGUUGUUUUCUGAAAUGACUUAUAAAUGUCAAACUAACUGAAAAGAAGGGAUUUUUAAAGAAUCAAGCUUGAUGGAGUUAAGAUGGAUCCACUAGGGUUCUUUGGCAGUUGUUCUGGGAUGGCAUUAGGGUGGAGUCUGAAAAAUAGUGAUAUUUAUUAUGGAACAUAACCCCUUUGCCACCCCUGACUUUUUAUUGAUUUUUCUUUUGAAUCUCAAGCUCUUCCAACAAUCUGAAAAUGUUUUAGACCAACAAAAAAAGGCCAAAGAUGGACACAUCUAACCUUGAACAAAAAUGUUGGCAUUUUCAAUGUAAAUAAGAUUUCAUUAAUUUUUCUAUGUAAGAAAAACUUUCAGAUUUUCAUUUUAUGGGGAGAUUAACAAACUUUAAGUACAGGGGACAAGGAAGUUCAUUCUCUAAUUGGGGACUAGACAUCUAUUUAUUUUUUUGAUCUAAAUUUUCUCACUUGAAUUCUUCACUGUUGCAGGCUUAUAUUGUUUAGAGCUGUAAAAGAAAUUUUCUUCUGUCUAAUGAAGAAAGAUCAAGAUAUGUCUACAGUGAUUCUAAUCUCUUCUAACUUGUUACGCAAUAAAAAGGCUGCCUCGUGCAUCGUUGCGUGACUCAGUGAAGCUCAUAACGGGGCCUGGGUACUGAUCUUCUGAUCGAAUUUCGCUGUACCUCUACUAUCUUCGUUGAAAGCCUCCAAAGAUCCUGCCAGCUAGGGGUACAAGACUAAACAAAAAAAAAGAAUAAAUGUCAAUGUAUUUAUGAACAAAGUGAUUCCAAGGAGUGUAAGACUAAUGUGGAAUGCAAAAAAAGUGAGAAGUAGAGAAAACCAUGGUAAAAAUUGGCAAAGUCUGAGAAUAUUUCCAACCAGUAGCACUAUGAAAAGGGCAUUAUAGUAGCGGUACUAUUCACAAGUUUUGUUUACCCUUGCGAGCGUGGGUCCUUAACCUAAAACUCUGCUGAACAAGAAACUUAAGAUCGACGAGGAUGAAGGAAAUACGCAUACAAAAUUUAGCGAAAUUUCCUUGAUUUAACCUCUAAAAUGCAUUCUUCAUGUCUAAAUUAUGUAACAAUGUUUAUGUUUGGUUCAGUCACGUCGCUAUAUUGUUGGUAAAUCGCAAAUUAAAUGGUGUUGUUGGAAUAGACCGUCAUCUUAGAACAGCUGGUGAUCACCCGACUCGGAAACUCGUCACUAGUGCUCCUCGGGCGUUCCAUAGCCGUAGGAUUCAGGCACAAUCUGUUUCGGUGCUGUUGCAGUGCUGAAGGUUAUCCUGUUGUUCGUUGAUAUUGUUCGGAUUCUCCCGGAAUAACAAACAAGUAAGUCAUCAAACUGUUUCUUGUGCUGAGUACUUGCGAAUCUCAUCAUCCUUCAGGUUAGAUCGUAACUAGAUUAGGAAGAAAAUUUGUGACCUUCGCUCAAAUACGUGAAUUUUCCGCAGAGGUCGCUUUGUAAUAGGUCCAUCGGAAUGUCUUCAAAUGUCUCGGUUGUGCUUCUCCUUACGGCCCCUAAAGUGUCGACGUUUAAUGGAAUAUCGGUCAAUUUGAAUCUUUCAUUUAUAUAAUGUCUCAGUUGAAGUUAAGUUCGUUUUGUGUUAUUAGCACGAAGGUAGCUCUUAUAGCUUCCGUUUAAACAACGUUGCUUCGGAAGAGUUGUUUAGUGCGACUGGCCUAUAUGUAAAUUUGUGGGGGCGGUAAUUUAGUUCUUGAAUGGCUGCAUAAUAUCUUUUCUUUUACAAUUUUCAUUAUUUAUUCAGCUGCAUAGAAUCUACAAUAAACAUAUUAUAAAACAUCGCAGCUUUGAGAUGUUAACUUUUAGAUUUAGUUAAGUACUCGAGACCUGAGUGAAUUUCACUUCGUGAAAUUUGACAUUCAGUUUUCUUGAUCCAACAAACGACUCAGCAUCCACCUGGUUCCACGUAGAUCGAUGUUGCAUAUGGUUAUUUCAUUUUCGUUCUUACCUACAGAGUUCCUCUGGAAAAAUGGAAAUGAAAUUAUCACUCUCCGAAAGCCAAUGUUAAUAUUUAUACGCGAACGUGAAUCGUGAAUAAAAGAAACAACCUGUACGUGUAUACUGCGGUCGAUUUGAGCUGUUGAUCGACUUAUUUUUGUAUCUUAAUCAUCUUAGUCGGUAACCGUCUAACCGAAGGUCAAAAACUCUGUCUUCUCGUAUUUGUAAACAGCUGUUUUUGGGACAAUCCUCGGUACUUGUUGCAAGAAUUUAUAAGACAAUGCUAUUGAUAAGGAACGCAGUUGAUUAUAAUAAUUGAUUCAAACAAACCGUAACUGUAGGGACGGGUUUCAGAAACUUUUUCGGGCCACUGGCUUGCCAAUUUUUAUCGUUAUUGUCUUCGAAUGAGAAUUGUGUCUAAAAUUAUUUCCGCAGUAAGUGCGAGACAAAGGAGGAACCUCCCUAUUUAAACUUUGGUAUAUUUUCAUAAGCAUUUUAAAUUAACAUUAACAUUCAAAUUCAAUUAGAACUGUAAUUUUGAAGAUGUAUCAAAAUUCAUUAUUUCUUGGUAUAGCUUUGAGAUUAUUAGGAAUAUAACUUCUAUUAUUGCCAAGUAAAGUUUUUAUAAUUUGUUUUCACUAGGUUAUAUUUGUAACAUAAAGCUUGAUUGAAUGAAAUCUCAUUGAUAUUACCAUGACAGCAUUAUUUCCUUGACGCAAAUUUUUGUAUUGUUCUACUUUGUAUUGGACUUGUGGAAAAUUCUUAAGACAAACUGUUCAUAUCUUCUAAGGACAUUUCAUUUAAUGGCAUCCAGAGGAUAGGACCUACUAUCAAUACUAGUGGUUAGCAUGGGGAUUAAAAGAUAUGCACUUAAUGUAAAACAAACUAUUAAAGAAGUAACAAACAUACUUAGUACAUUGUUGAGUUUUACAAGCACACGGGAAUUUUUAAAAACAAGAGAGAAGAGUGGAGAAGCACAAGCCAAAGGUAAGUGCUUCUUGCACUUCUCAAGUGUUCCUAAAAAUUCCCAAGUGCUUAUAUAAAUCAACAAUGCUUGAGGAACAAGUUUUUUUUAUUUCUUUUACAAAAUAUAUUGUGAAUUGCAUGCGCUCGCACUGAUGAUGUAGGCUACAUGCACUAUAUCUCAACAGUGCACUCAUGUGAUGUAAGGCGAGUGAUUUAUGAAAAUAUAAUGAACUCGUUCUGACCAAUCACAGCUCAAGCAUUUCUCUGAACAUCAUAUAAAGCCCUAUAAAAUAUACUUCUUUGUGCAGUACUAUUGAUAAACCAUAUUUUGUCAGGGUUUUCAAAAGUGUUGGUAUCAGCAAACUAUUCCUUAGAUAAUAUUCAAGAACUCUCAACAGUCCUUUUUUUAUCUGUUUAAACUAGACAAUGUCAACCAGUAGCCAGCCAAGCUCUGAUGCCACCAUAGUAAAAGUAGGAUGGAUUCAAAAGAGAGGUAUGUACAUCUGUUUAUAUAAUAAGCUCAGUUAUUUUUUUUUUAUUUUUUUAUUUUUUUAACAUUUUUUUUUUUUUUUUCACUUAAAGCACAAAUACUAGAGUAUUACAAACAAAUACAAAGUUAAUUACACUAACGCUUACGCUACUCACUAACACUAAUUACGAAAUACUACAUUACAUUACAUUCACAGUCGGCUAGAUUUAAUUUAUGUUGUGGUUAGCUCAGUUAUGCAUGCAUUCUGAUUGGUUCUCACUUAUGUCUAUUGGAGGACAGACGUAUGGAUGAUGUCAUCAUUAAAACUUUUUUUAAUUCUUUAUUAUAUAAAACAAAUAGAUUCCAAGUUGCCAUGCGUCUGUUCAUUAGCGAUGUCGUUAGUGUCGUGUUUAUAUAAAAUAAGAAAGAUUGUAAGUUUGGGGCUUGGUAAAGAAAUACAGAAAGAUCUUUUUCAUCUUAUCACAAGUGUGGGACAGAGAGAAAACAUCUCUCUCUACAUUUGAUAUGUUUAAUUAAAACUUGAAAUCUUUUUUUUUUAGGUGAAUACAUAAAAAACUGGAGACCAAGAUAUUUUCAGCUUUGGAGUGAUGGUAGUUUUGUUGGUUACAAGGAACUUCCUAAAUCAAAAGACACUGAACCUCUUAAUAACUUCUCAGUUGCCAGUAAGUACAAAUAUUUCCUUUUUACAAACAUUUACCAUACUUAUGGCUCCACCUCACAAGCAAACAUUUUACUUUAAAACAGAUAUUUUUUAGGCAAUGUGAUGAGGAUUUUGCUAUAUGCAAUCACUGCUGUUUAUUUUGUUAUCAAAUAUGAUUGUUCUUCUUUGAUUGCAUCAUACUUUUAAAAAAUAUAUACAGGAUGGCUUGGGCUUUGAAAUUAUUAAUUGAAGAUAUUAUUAUUUUAUAAUAAUUAUAGAUUCUAAUUCUUCAAGACUGAGAGCAGAGUAAGAUAGUGGUUGUUAAACCUUUCACUCUCAAGAUAUGAAUGAAGAUUCUCCAAACUGUCUGCUAAGCAUUUCUUAUAAUUUUAUAUCAGAGAAUUUGAUGUUAAAUCAAAGAAUAUCCCCAAAGUGGUAUUUUUAUUACCUCUCCUUACCUAUCGUCUUAAAAAUACAUUAAUAUUGUGAGGAGAAGUUCAUAUCUGAUCAUUCUUGAGAGUGAGAGCUUUAAAUUAGUGUACAACAUUGUUGUACAGUGGAACCUCGAUUUAAGUACUAAGGGACUGGGGAAAUUGGUUUGUUAUAUGAAAGGGUUCACUAUAUUGAAAAUCUUGAUGUUUGCUUUAUCGAGGGAUGGUUGUUAACUGUUGUUGUUGUUGGUUUGUUUUUUUUUUUGUGGUGUGACAUUGUGCUAUUCAGCAUUUUCGGAUCGAAAAAAUCACUGUAAAUAAUAUUUGUGUUUAAAUGUCUUUAUGAAGCUACUACAGUACAUUGUGCAGGUCUGUACACUGCUACAGCACUUUGCUUUUAAAGCAGAGAGGACAAAUUUCAGUGAAAGUCACCAGCAAACUAAGAAACAAUAGCAUUGACCUGGAAAUUCCUGCCUGUUACACCUUUUACCACAAGGAGUGGUACACAAGAAGUCUUUUGUCAUGUGUUGACAUUUGUUCAUUAUAUCGGGGUAUAUUAUACCUUUGGGCUUCUGGAUUUUGUUUGAUAUAACCAGGAUUUCAUUUUAUCAAGGUUCCAUAAAAUAUAUAGAUUUAGCUAAGCCUAAAAGCAGAGCUUGCAUUUUUUUUUCCCACAUGUCUCAAGGGCAUAACGCCUUGCGUCAGCUAGGACUAGGACCCAGGUCAUCCAACUCGGAGCCCAGUGCACUGACCACUGGACUACUGGAUAAAGCCAUGGUGUUGGCGUGCCCGCGGUACAGUUGACCAUGCAUGUUAAAAGUAGCACCUUGUACGGUUGUACGGUCAUGCAUCCAAACUUUUUUCAGCUUGAUGGGUUACUACUAUUUCGUAUAAUUAUGGGGCUACGCCCUGCGAGCUCUGCUGUUAAGGUUCUUGCCCAUACAUUUUACUGUAACUUUGGCCAGGCUGAAGAGUAUUGUUUGUUUUAUAGAGGACUUUGUUACAUAGAGGUUCAGUAAAUCAAGGUUCUUUUGUGAUCCUUGUUAUUUGUUUCUUCAGAGUGCCAGAUAAUGAGACAAGAGAGACCAAAACCCAACUGUUUCAUCAUGAGGUAUGUGUGGUUUAACAGUUAUCUUUAUUCCUGGGGCCUAAAGGAGUAAAAUGAUAACUGAGACUUGCUGUGAAAUUGUUCCUUUUACCUGGAAAAUGGUAUUUGGUUCAAAGAGACUGAGAAUUAAAAAAAAGAACGUUUGAUUAAUGAUUGUAAUAAAUAUUGUGAUGGGGUUUCAGCAAAGUUUAGACUGGAAAAGGCAUUUAUACCAAUCUCACCCCUGUUAGAGGAGAAAGUUAGGGCCAAUUGCUAGUUUGUACAGACUGGAUCUGACCAAGGUGUCCUAGUUUGUUCCAGUGUCAUUUUUUGGGAUCUUGGGGUGAAUUAUUUUAUUGUCACAAUGCCUCUCUCCACCAAGGAAUAUAAAUAUGUACUGAAAAACUGUCAAGAAAGUCUUACAUAAUACUGAGGGAUGGGGGUGUGCAUGAAACCUGUGAUGGACCAACGUUCUAUCCAGGGAUAGUAACAGUACCAUCUCUAUUGGCUUCAUGCUAUCUAAAAGCGAGGCCACUUGGCUUGAGCAUAGACUACUUAAUUAAGCUGACUUACCCUGUUUCAAGAUGUUCUUAUGUCACAAGCUUGUACUGGUGGUCAGAUUGUAAUCCAGGAGGAAGAUUGCCUUGCUAUGUAAAUUUUCACCAGUGUAGAGUAGCUUCAAACAGGUUUCAUGAUCUAAAAUAAACAGUUUUUGAUCUAAUUUAUUAUGGUAAAUCAACAGGUGCUGGCAGUGGACAACACUUGUAGAAAGGACUUUCCAUUUGGAUGACGCUAAUGAAAGGUUUGCACAAAAUUGUAUCCAUUGAGGUUUACUUCCAUGUGAACCUUUCACUACCAAGAUCUCAAUACUAUUCUCCUUACUUUCUACCAUAUAUUUUUUUUUUUUUUUAAAUGUUAGUUUGGAGAAUUUGGUAUUGGAUCAACUAAAUUCCUGCAAUUGAUAUUUCUUUAUUCCCAUCACUUAUCAGCUUGUUAUUUAUAGUUAACCCUCUAGCUGCCACACAUUUCCUAGUAAAUAAGUCAUGAGAAUUUGGUGUUAGACCAAGAUAACAACUUCUGCCUGAUACAUUUGAGUAUUCUCUUUACCUGUUUGCUGGAUAGUGAAUGGAUAUUUUAGGGAGAAGUCACUUGUUAAUCACUUCUGGGAGUUAAAGGGUUAAGUGAGAAGGAGAGAAGGGAAUACAGUGAAACUUCUAUCAAGCAGACCCUAAUUAACUGGACACCUUCUAUCAAGUGAACAUUAAGCCGGGUCAUGAAAUUAAUGUCUUAAAUUUCCCUUCAUAACAAACUUCAAUUCAACGGACACCUCUAAGCGAACAGGGACACCAGAAAUAAAUCAUAUUUGGCCAAUUUCUAUUAUUAAAAAACGUCUACUAAGGGGACAGCAGACUGUUUUGACAAUGUAGUGUAUGUGAUUACAUCCUUGGAAUAGCAGAUUAAAUGUAUUAAAUCCAAAAGAAAGAAUCAAUGUACUGCAUCUAGUAUCAUUGCUGUUUUGCUGUUAUGUUUUUGCAUUAUAACUAACAAAUUAAAGUUAGUGAUCAAAGGUAACGAACUUGAACUCUGGAUAGCUUCAUCAACAACAUGGAACUUUAUCACAGCACAGAGUUAUAACUAUUGAAUGUUAAUUGUUAACAAACAUUGUGCAAUUUUUACAAACCUCUAUUAACUCAUUAACUCCCAAGAUCUGAUUUUUAAUUCUCCCCUCUUGCUGCAACACAUUUCCCUGUAAAUUAGUUAUGAGAAUUUGAUGUUAGAUAGAGACAACAACCUCUACCUGAUAAGUUUGAGAAUUUUCAUUCUCUCUUUGCUGGAUAAUGUAUGGAUAUUUUAGGGAGAAGUUAUAUGUUAAUCACUCCUGGGAGUUAAAGGGUUGAGCAGACAUUCUCUACUAAGUGGGAAACCCUCUAUUAAGAGGACACUUAAGAAGGUCUCAAGGGUGUCCACUUGAUGGAGGUUCUGCAUAAUUUAAAGGAACUCAAAGCUCCAGAUGGAGAGCUUAUUAGGACAAUUUUAAUGAUCUCUCACCCUGCUGUGAGAUAAACUUAAAGCAUCAAGUAAAGUGCUUGUUUAAUCUUUUUUUUUUCACUAAGGGAGGAGUGGAUAACUGCAAUUCAAGAAGUUGCCGAUAAGUUGCGUGAAAGUGACAAGUCAGAAGAAAUUACUAUAGGAAGUGUAGAUAAUCAAAAAAUGGUAUGUGGUCAAUAGUUUGUCUAAUAACACAACAUAUGUUGUCUCAAACCAUGAAAAUACCCUUUACACCUUUACAUCAGUACUCAUAUUCUCUAUACUCUCUUCUAUAACUUCUUUUGCUACUGACAAGGAGAAUUUGGAUCAAUAUCAGCAUCUGGGCAACUGCCCACCUACCCCUCCCUUAACCUAACAUUAACCCUAACUUGUUAUCAAUUGAUUGUUGUUGAGUUAGGGGAGGGGUAGGUGGGCAGUUGCCCAGAUACUGAUAUUGAUCUGAGAAUUUGUUUAACAAUCAAAGGCUUUUAGGUUGGUGAUCAAUUUUUUUAUUUGCAUGAUCGUAAUGAAUAAUUCAGUAGUAUUGCUGUAAAGAGAAAUUAGAUGCUGGUCACUUGGACCUAUAGUAGAAAAAAAUAAUUAACGUUUAUUUCCUUGGUUAGUUUUAAUUUCAUUUUUUAUUUCUUUUAUAUCCCAUUUAGACUAUAGAGGACUUCCAGUUGCUUAAGGUGUUGGGAAAAGGAACAUUUGGCAAGGUUAUAAUGGCUGCAAUGAAGAGGACUGGCGAAGUGGUCGCACUAAAGAUUUUAAAGAAAGAAGUUAUUGUCGCCAAAGUAUGGAAUUCUUUUAACUCAGCCUUCUUUUAUGUCAAACUUUGUUUCCUGAGUGAAAUGUACACGAUUAUGUGGUGCUAGGGGAGCUGCAUUGCAAUAUUUAUAAAGAGAUUUUCAUGUUAUUCUUUUCACUUUCUGAGGUAAAGGUCACUCUACUUAAUAGUGAUGUUACACCAAAUAGUCCAUUUUACAGUUGCGUGCUUCAUUGCCAAGCCUUUGAACAGAAGUGAGGCUAAGGGUGACCUUGUUAUGAUACAAACCUAGCUGCUUUUCAAAUGUAAAUUACUAUGUUAUCAUGCUAACUAGAUCUUGGUCUCUAUCACAACAAGGUCACCUUCAGCCUUACUCCAAAUCAAAGGCUUGGCAACUAAUUCAGAGCUGUAAAAUGGUCUAUUCUCUAAAACCAUAAGAGGUUAAUACCUCAGUGACAAAAAGUCUGUAUUCUAGCCAAGUGGCCAUCCCAGUUUCCAUAGCAUGCAAGGACUGGGAGUAUUGCCACUCCCCCUUGGAUGACAUGUGAGUCCAUCUUAAGGUAGUAUUUUAUCAGGCUUCCCUGACAUUUUGGUGGUGCCCAUUUGUACUCAAUUCACAUUAUGAUAGGGUAGAAAACUUUGAGGUAAAUUUGUUUUGCCAGCAACAAACCAACAAGCAAUUGGUAUGGAAAAGUAUGAAGAAGAUUUUAGACAUGGAUGGCUAGUGAGGAAUUAAGAAGAAUCAAGGAUAAUGUUUCACAAAUUUUGGGUCAGCUUUUGGACAGAAUUGUGAAGAUCUUUAGAAAGCUGAAACCGUAUGUCUUGAACUAUAUUAUCUUUUACAGGAUGAAGUUGCACAUACAUUGACAGAAAACAGAGUUUUGCAGUCAACAGUUCACCCUUUUCUUACAGUAAGUUGAGAUUCUGUAUAACCCUUUUUACUCUAACAUCGAUCAGUAUCCAUAUUCUCUAUACUCUUUAUAUAUUUUGCUGGGCACUGGCAAAAAGAGAAUUUGGUUAACAAUCAAAUUUUUAUAAGUUGGCUAUCAUUUCCUUUAUUCUCGCAACCUUAACCCUUUCCACCCUAACAUCAGUAUGCAUAUUCUCCUUACUGUUCCCUAUACAUUCCCUAAGAUGCUGAUAAGGAGAAUUUGUUUCUUGACCCAGAGCUUCUCCAGUUGGUGACCAUUUCCUUUAUUCUCAUGACCUUAAUAUGGGGUUUGGGGUGAUAUUGUAAGGAGAAUUUAUAUGCUAGUCACCCUUAGGAGUUAUAGGGUUAAGUUACCAAACUUGAAGUCUAGAAAGCCUAUAAUGAUAAGCAACAGAACUGUCAGCAGACUUGCGAUAAGAGAAAUGAUAAAUAUGACAUUUCCAUUUAGUCAUGUUUUCUAUUUCUAUUCUUUUUGUUCUGUUUUCUUGUUUUUUACAGGAACUACGUUGCUCUUUCCAAACAAAAAACAGAUUAAUAUUUGUUAUGGAAUAUGUGAAUGGCGGUGAGGUAAGUGUAUUCACUUAACCUUCUACACCCUAAGAUCCUUGUGAAUAGUCUCCACACUGUGCCCUGGACAUUUCCAAUGGUACUGUUAAAAGACAAUUUCUGCAACAAUCAUUUUAACCCUUUAACUCCCACGAGUGACCAAGACAGAAUUUCUUCUUACAAUAUCUAUACGAAAUCAAGAAGAUAAGUGAUGAGAACAAAGAAAAGUAUUAAUUAAGGGAUUAUUAGUUGAUCCAAUACCAAAUUCUCAGAAGUAACGUCACAUAAAUUUUUAUAGUGGACAAUAAGGAGAAUUACUAAAAAGAUCUUGGGAGUUAAAGGGUUAAGCUUUUUCCAUUAGAGGUCAAUUCCUUUCUUGAUCCUCAUGACCUUUUUAGGUAAUAUUUUAUUCAGAAGUGAUGCUGUCAGAGUAAAUAAGGUGCUAUAUAGUUGCCCUUGGCAGUCACAGGGUUCACUUAUUUUCUUUAAUUUUCUUUAAGGUACAGACCUGCAUGUAUGGAAAUUUUUUAUUUCUUCAUGAGUGGGAAUUUACACACAGCAAACAUGGCCCACAAAUAUCAAGUAGAACUAGAAAUGAAUGUAAAACCAAAUAAAUUCACCCUUUAGUCUUUGGGUUCAAGAUGACAUUAUAACAUGCUUAAGUUACAUGGGAAGUUACUUGCCAUUCACUUCUGGUUGAGAAAAAAAAACUGUUUAAAAUUCUGGUUUUCUCCUCAGCUGUUUUUCCACUUGUCUAAAGAACGUGUCUUCUCUGAGGACCGUUCAAGGUUUUAUGCUGCAGAAAUUAUUCUGGCUGUCAAGUAUCUACAUGAGCACAAAGUGGUUUACAGAGAUCUAAAGGUAUGGUACACAUUUCUUCAUAUCCUUGGCCUUUUAUCUUUUUGCUGCACUGAUUUUUGGCAUAACUUUAAAUCUGUUACUUUCUUUUAUUUUUCUCAGCUUGAAAAUCUUCUUCUAGAUUCAGAUGGUCACAUUAAACUCACUGACUUUGGUCUCUGUAAAGAGGACAUCACAUAUGGAUCAACCACAAAGACUUUCUGUGGUACUCCUGAAUAUCUUGCUCCAGAGGUCAGUUUAUCUGUAGUUGGAAUGAAUGGCAAAAUUCUUGAGAAAGUAGGGAUAUUUUAAGAACAUGCAGAGAACUAUGAGUAUUCUAGAGAUAGAGUAAAUGACUGUGAAUACAUGAAAAUCGUAUAUUUGAACAGCAGACAAAGAAGUGAAUAUGAGAGUGAUCUUUGCAGUAAUUGACACUACUUAAAUAGCCAGUAGUAAAACAAGACCUGAAAGAAAAAAAUUCAGGCCUGUAUGGAAUAUGAACCCAUAACCUCUGUGAUACCAAUGCAGUGCUCUACCAACUAAGCUAACAAGCCAACUGGAAGCUGAUCAUAAUGUUGGUUCCAAAUAAACCUGUUGAGUGAUGAAUAAAUGACUGUGAAUAUAUAAAAAUCAUAUAUGUGAACUGCAGAAAAAGAAGUGAAUAUGAGAGAGAUCUCUGCAGUAAUGAACACUACUUAAUGAGCAGUAGUGAAAAUAAGGCCUGAAAAAAAUUCGGAGAUAUAUUCUUGCAAAAUGUCUGGUAUGUAGGAAUCUGGAGUUUCCAAGCAGCAAUGCAUGCAUAAUUGCUGGGCUUAUAAGGUGUAUAUGAAUUGACAUGCUUUACUUCUGGGUCAAGUAGGAGACAGGGUGGCUUAAGAAAUGGUUAAUUUGUUGAAAUCUGGGUUUGGGGGAGGGGAGGGAGGGGGUGUAUAAGUUUUGAGGCUUGGCCAGGUCAUUGUGUUGUGUUCUUUGGCAAAACACUUUUACUUUCACAGAGCCUCGAUCACUCCACCCAUGAGUGUAAAUUAGUACUGGAAAAUUGUCAGGGAAGCUUGAUGAAAUGCUGGGGAGUAACCUUGCAAUGGAUUGGCAUCCCAUCCAGGGGGGAGUAGUAAUGCUCUUAGUCAUUUCAUUCUAUGGAAACCAGAAUAAGCUCUGGCUGGAUGGGUCACUUGUCUCUAAUACAGACUUUUCCUUUACUUUUGAGUCAAAGUUUUCAACAGCUUGACAGUUUUAGACAGUUUUCAAUUGCCACAAACCCUUUACAACAGUAACUCUAACUAUUUCAAGGAAAACAAAUGGUGUAACAGUUUUACCUAUGACUGUCAGUCUGGAAAAUGAAUAACAGUUUUGAUGAAGUCUGUGAAAAGUAUUGAAUUUUGGAAAGGUUGGUUCAAAAAUCAAAUUUUACAGGCAAGAUUUACACUUCUGAGUUACUUAACUUUAAUGUUUUCAUGAUUUUUGUCUGUUAUUACAAAAGGUGCUGGAAGACAAUGACUAUGGUCACGCUGUAGAUUGGUGGGGAGUAGGCGUAGUCAUGUACGAAAUGAUGUGUGGCCGUCUACCAUUUUACAACAGGGAUCAUGAAGUUCUCUUUGAACUUAUCCUGACGGUACGGAUUCGGGUGUAGAUGUUUAGUUAGAUUGUUUCAGGGUUUCAGUUAGUAAAACAAAACAUGACAGUAGCAGAAGAGUGGACAAACAAGAAGUAAGUGGGUUGGGUCACAAAAAAACUGAUGCAAACCUCCCUCAUCUUUUCUCUCCUUCACCACUACUGAAAACCUGGAAUAGGCUAAUUUUAGUUAUUCACUCUGAUGAAGGGCUAACACCUGAAACACUAGCUUUGAAACUCUUUACAAUGGCCAAUUUAUGUUAUCAAUGCAGUUGAUAACACUAAAUUACCCUGUUAAUUUUAAGUCAAUUUGACUUGUUUACUAUUACACAUAUUAAUGUUACUAACAGUACUAUAUUUGGUUUAGUAAAUCUUACAGAAAAUUGAUCAACACAAAAGCAUAGUUUUUAAGGAAAACAUUACAAUUAACCAGUUAGAGGUAUUAGACACAAUCUAUCGCUCUGACGAAGGGCUAACGCUCGAAACGUCAGCUUUUUUACCCUUUACGGUGGCUAAUUUACAUUUUCAACCCAGUUGUUAACACUAAAUUACCUGCUAUACUCUCCCACCGACGCAGCACCACAGUUUCUUUAGAAACUUACCCCUUUAUACAAUCUAAAAGAGCUUCCAGGGUGAGAAAUUGCCAUACAGAUAACCAAGAAGGGAGCGGAUUAUUCUUGCAUCUGAUUGGUUGAAAAGAGGACAUGGUUAAGGGGUCAGGUUGCUGAGCAAGAUUAAAAUCUGUUUCAUCCUUUGUCUAAUUUUGAAGAUAAGUUUGAAAGGCUUGGUUACUCUGUAGAGAUUCAAAAUGCAGUCAGUGUCAUCUACUUUUCAAUGGCAGCGAUAAAAAUCAAAGGGUCUCUGAAACAUACACAUACUUCCUCAGGUCUGUUGAGAACUUUCAAUAUUCAGUAGUUAUUAUAAUAAUUAUAUGUCUUUCAUAAUUAUGAAGGGUCCGUUUUCUGUUAACAGGAGGACGUAAAGUUUCCAGCGAGAAUUACUGAUAAUGCAAGAAGUGUCCUCUCUGGACUCCUAGAAAAAAGCCCUACAAAACGGUGAGAACAAUAAUCAUAAUAAUACAACCAUGCUGUUGCAAUAGGGAUACUUUGCAAACACCACACAGUUGAAUAGUGUUUUUUGCACACUCUGAUUGGCUAGUUCAGAAGUGAUUAGCAAAUAUUAUUCACCUGUGACUUUUCUUUUCCUUAAACCCUGGGAAAUGAAACACUGAAAAGUCAUUGAUGCAUUUCAGUAGAAUUUGUUCUUGAAGGGUUUCUGGAAAAUAUAUUUUUUUUUAUCUCAAAUGAUCACUGGCUGUGUUGUCAUGUCUCUUUUUCAGUCUUGGAGGUGGUCCAGAUGAUGCAAAGGAAGUCAUGAAACAUAUAUUUUUUGAAACAAUUAACUGGGACGACAUAUUGAACAAAAAGGUAAUAGAACUUACAAUACAAAUGAGCAACCAAUCAUUGCAGCAUGCCAUUGUUUUCUGGUACUGUUUGUUUAACCCUUUAACUCCCAAGAUCUCAUUAGUAAUUCUCCUUACUGUCUGCCAUACUGUUACCGUUACUGUUCAAUACUGUUAGUGUGGAGAAUUUGGUAUUGGAUCAACUUAUAAUCCCCCAAUUGAUAUUUUUAUUUAUUCUCAUCACUUGUCUGCUUGAUAUUAUAUUGAUAUUGAAAGGAGAAAUUUAGUCUUGGUCACUUGUGGGAGUUAACUAAUUGUUUUUUGCAACAUGCAGGUAAAACCACCUUUCAGGCCCACUGUCAAGAGUGCGACGGAUGUAUCAAAUUUUGACGAGGACUUCACAAAGGAAAUACCCCAACUCACACCUCCAGAAGGUAUAGGAAGUAGAUAAAUUUAAAGUAUUUUUACCUUUGAGCUCCCAAGAUCUGAUUGUCAAUUCUCCUCUUUAGCUGCUACACAUUUCCUUGUAAAUUGUUUACAAAAGUUUAUUGUUAGUUGAAGGUAAUAACCUCUACCUGAUAAGUUUGAGUAUUCUCACUACCCCUUUGCUGGAUAAUGUUUAGAUAUUAUAGGGAGAAGUUACAUGUUAAUCACUUCUGGGAGCUGAAACAUCAAGUAGAGUUAGCAAUAGCAAGUUUACUUGUUAAUUUAUUCCAGUAGGCACAUGUAGAUUAUUCAUGUUUUAAAUGAAAAAACAAUAAGAAAUCUGCUUUCACUGAUAAUUUAAAAUGAGUGUAUUUCUUGGCUUUAUAAUUCAAUAGAAACUUUGACCACAAUCAGCAAGCAGUCCAAUGUUUUUGAUUGAAAGCUGUUUGCUUCACUCACAAAAUCUUACCCAUCACAGCCUAACAUUAAGAUUUAUAUUCUCCACAUCAAUGUCUCUACAGUGUAAAUUUUCUAUGGUAACGAAAAAGAGAAUUUGUUUGACAAUCAUGAGCAUCUUAAAUUUGUGAUCAUUUCCUUUAAUCUCAUGAUGUUUACAUUUGAUUCAAGAGUGAUGCUGUAAGGGGAAAUUAGAAGCUGUCACACUAAGGGAUUGAAGGGUUAACAUAUAUACUGUAAUUUAUUGUUAUUAAAAGAAAAAAUGUGGGAUGCUGCAUGUGGAAAGAUUGUUUCUACAUCUGAUGACUGCAGCAUUAAUGAUGAUGAUGGUGAUGUUCAAGGCUGUGCUCUAGCGGCGCCCGGUCGCCUUAGGCGACUAACAUUUGGUCUCGGGCGACUGAAAAAGAAAAGCGGUCGCCCGUCCGGGCGCAUAGAUUUCAGCUUGUGUGAAAACCCGAAACGAAACCAGCAAACGUAUAGAAACGGAACGGAACGAAACAAAAAGAAACUCCAUCGUGCUCCCCGGCUCCCGUUAGCCCGAAAAGCAAAAGCGCUGAAAGCACAGUGCAAUCAAUAGCCUGUGUGAUCUGUACAUUUAGGUUAAAUAUUAAGUUAGGUCAUGGGUCUUGUUUCGUUUCGGUGGUUUCUCUUCCGGUUUAUUAAUGUAGUACAUGGCCCAAGUUUCUUGUCCACUGAACGACGCGAUAAAGCGAGCAACUGAUUGUAACUAACAUUUUAUAAUUUUACUUACUAAUUUGAUGACAUUUGCAGAACUAAAAAAUAUUCGGCAGGACAACAAGAAGAAGUUGUCGCGUGUGUUAUGUAAUAUUAUUUCACAUGAUUUAGCACGAAAAAUUAUUUUUUCCUUGCCCGUGAGAAACUGCACGAUUUUUGCACAAGCAUGUGUUGAAGAUCUAAUUUUUCUAUUGAAGUGGUUGAUGCUCAUAUUUAAUUUUUGUGUUUCAACAGUUUUGAUAGUGGAGCGCUUGAUUAAUAAGACGAAACCAUCCUCUAUGCAAAUUUGUGUUUAUUUAAUUAGCUUCGUCCGUGGCAUGCAAGAUGUUUAUCAGCACCAUAUUUGGCGACCUGGGCGACCUACCUGUCAUGGUUAGGCGCCCGAAGGGCGCCCUGAAAAUUCUCCUAGAGCACAGCCUUGAUGUUGGAGAUGACAUCAAUGAUAAUGUUAUGGAAAACAGGGAUGUUGAAUAACAAUGUUUUGAAGGAGCUUCAAUUUUGAUUUUGUGUGGUCAUGAACAUUAUCGCCAGCUUGAGUUGCUUUUCAUCUGUCCCAUUCUUGAAAUCAUAUUUAUUUAAUCCUUCACAUCCUAACAUCAGUAGGCAUAUUCUCCACACUGUUCUCUAAACAUUUCCUAAGGUGCUGACAAGGAGAAUUUGUCAAGCAAUCAAGAGCAUCUUUGGAUGGGCAAUCACAUCCUUUAUUCUUGUACCUUAAUGUUGGAUUCAGGGUUGAUAUGGUACUGAGAAAUUAGGUGCCAGUCGCUCUUAGGGGUUUAAGGGUUAAUAGCAAUCAACAUCACACAAAAAUGACCAUAUUUUUACAAAAAUCUUUUGCAGGAGAUCUCCCAGACAUUGCCGAGGAAAGUGAAGCUUUUGAACAAUUUUCAUUCAUCCCAGAGAAGGGAAGCAACAUACCGUCAUAACAAAGCCAUGUUGAUCAAAUAUUUGAAGAGUGUAUUUACUAGUGUUUGUCACAUAUAUUAUCACUGAUGAUAAUUAUUGUAACAUUAUUUUGUAGCUGCAAGUUUUGUUGUUGUUUGUUUUUUUAAUAAUCCUUAAUUUAUGCAUUCUUCAGAAAACAACCAUGCUAGCUGUCUCUGAUAAUUAAAUUUUGAGGCUGUCUUCAAAAAUCUGGUAUCAAGAGUAACGAUGACACUCUGUGCAUGUGGCUUGAAACUUCUGCAAAUGUUUAAUUCCACAAAUUGGAAUAAAAUGUAACAGUUUGAGAUGACUGAAAUUUGUUCUUAGAGCUGAUAUUUACAAUCUUCUUUUAAAGCGUAAGAGCAUUAUCAUGGAAAGAAGUGUGAUAUUUUCCACUCCUAGUUAUGGUACAAUCCACUUAACCAACAUGUAAGUGAGAACAGUGUCAUUGUACUUAACAGCUUACUACUGCACAAAAGGACUACAAUCCAUGAUUACUGGAGACAGCCUUCACAUGUUAGGCCCCAAAUUUCCAGAGCUAGUUGUUUGCAACAGUUUUUUUUCUUUUUUUUUUUAGCAAUCCAUGCCAUAUCACAUUUUUCCAGGCCUGACCUUUCAAGAAAAAAUGCUGUAGAAAUGAGUUGUAGAAUGGCAUUUCAAUGUUGAUUAAAUUUUUUUUUUGUAAGUAUUACUUGGUUCCUUUGUCUGCCAAGUGAAUUAUAUUCAUUUGUAUUAUUAAUCUUCUUAGGUCAUCAAAUUUACUAAAUUUAUUUUUAGAAAUUAAAAAAUUAUCCUAUUUUCAGGCCUAGUCUUUCAUAGGUGUUAAAUCCAGACAUCUAAAGUAAUUUUUUAUAUUUAGCUAUUUUUAAAUAAUAGUACUAUAACAGUUAUUCUUCAGGGGGGGUAGGUUUGUAAAGAAGCUGUGGUGUUGCAUUAGUGGGAGAGUAUAACAGGGUAAUUUAGUAUUAACUGAGUUGAUAAUGUAAAUUGGCCAUUGUAAAGAGUUGCCAAAGCAUUAGCUCUUUGUCAGUGCAAAUGACAAAGGGCUAACACUUAAAAUGUCAGCUUUAAAACUCUUUACAAUGGCCAGUUAAAUUAUCAACUCAGUUGUUAGAACUAAAUUACCCAAUUAUUCUUUGGAUUACUCAUCUGUGUGAAACUCAAAAAACCAUGAACAUUUUGAAUUUAUUCUGACAGGUCAAUUGUGUAAAUGAAAUAAGUUAAGAGAAAAUCUCAAAACAACAAACUAGCUACCAUCCCUGUUUGCUGUUUAGUUUUCUUACAGCUUGUUGGCCCUUAACCCAUUGACUCCUAUGAUCUGAUUGUCAAUUCUCCCUUCUUGCUCCCACACAUUUCCUUGUAAAUUAGUAAAGAAGAAGUUGGUGUUAGAUCAAGAUAACAACUACUCUAUAAGCUUGAUUAUUCUCAUUACCUGUUUACUGGUCAUUGUAUGGUUAUUAUAGGGAAAAGCUGUAUGUUAAUCAUGUCUGGGAGUCAAAAGGUUAAUUUGGAGUACAGUAGAUAGUUGAAGUUUUCAAAGAUUUCAAAGUUUCUUGGUAUCACUAUGAUAUGGAGAAGUUUGUGUUUGGUUUUGUUGUACCAUAAGUCUGUAUGUUUGAAUCCCAAUUUGAUUCAAUUGGUUUCAAUAUUUGAAAGUAUUUUGCAUACACAACAGUAAUUUUUAUAGGUGGAAUUUGUAAUAACAGGUAAUAUAAUUAGCUAAAAAUAGAACAGAAAUAAUCCUUAGUGACUUGUUUCAAAAAAAUGAUUAUGUUGAAUGGUAGAGUUUCAUAAUGAACAGAAAUGUUCAGACAAGUAAAUGUACAUUGCCGCAAAGUUCUUGAAAAUAAAACAUUGUCCAUCACUUGCACUGUAAAAAAAACUGUCAAAAGUUUGAAUUUUAAUUCAUGUAGCACACUGUACCACCUUGCAAAUUUUUGCAAAUGAAGCAUCUAAUUAUUUUGUGGUUGAUACUGAAACAGUGUAAAUAAUUCAGUGUUAGGUUUUUUCCUUUAGUAGUCAUUCUGCAAUAUGUGGUAAAUUACAAGUAUGAUUAAUAUUUUAUUCUGCAC